UCUCCUUUUUUUCCCACCUCACUUCCAGAAUGUCUUCUGGCGGGCAGAACGCCGUUCGGCAGCGUCAUUCGCAGGGCAAAAAGCCGGGUCAGGACGGCAAUGGCCAUUCCACCACGUCAUCCCCGAACGGUGGCAACCAUUCCACCGCCGCCGCACAGAGCACAGGUUCUGCUGGUGCUGGUGCUGGUGCUCCUGCUGGUGCAGAGGGCGCAGUGGCCGAGGCGCAACCCCAGAGCCGCUGGAUCAACUGGGCCAUUCGUGGCAUCUUUACUUGGAUUAUGAUCUUUGCAUUCUGCGGCAUCGUCCAACUCGGCCACUUUGCUCUGACCGUUCUUGUCAUGAUCAUCCAAAUACUCUCGUUCAAGGAAAUUGUUGCCAUCAACUACGUGCCCUACAAGGAAAAGAAGCUCCCAUGGUUCCGAGUGCUCAACUGGUUCUUCCUCUUUGCCACCAACUACUACUUGUACGGCGGAACGCUCUUCAAGCAGUACUACGAGGUUGUUGACGCGUCGCCCAUCCUGCACUCGAUGGCUCGCCACCACGAGCUGAUUUCAUUCUCCCUGUACAUGCUCGGCUUUGUCUCGUUCGUCGCCACGUUGAAGAAGGGCCACUACAAGUUCCAGUUUGGCCAGUUUGGCUUUACCCACAUCAUUCUUGUUCUGAUUGUGACCCAGUCCAACCUGGUCAUGCUCAACAUUUUCGAGGGUCUUGUUUGGCUCAUUCUGCCCGCCUCGCUGGUUGUCUGCAACGAUGUGAUGGCCUACAUGUUUGGCUUCUUCUUUGGCCGCACCCGUCUGACCCAGCUGUCCCCCAAGAAGACCUGGGAGGGCUUUAUCGGCGCGCUCUUCUCCACCUACAUUUUCGGUUUUGUGCUUUCGUACUACCUCGCUCAGUACGACUUUUUCACGUGCCCCUUCACCGGCCCAUGCGAACAGCGCCCGUACUUUACGCUGCAAAACUACACUAUUCCCCUUGACUUGGUUGGCCUGACUCCUUUCACGGUUGCCGUCUACCCCGUCCAACUGCACUCGCUUUCCAUGUCAACCUUUGCUUCCAUCGUCGCUCCCUUCGGCGGCUUCUUUGCCAGUGGCUUUAAGCGCGCGUUCAAGAUUAAGGACUUUGCCGACCUCAUUCCUGGCCACGGUGGCAUCACUGACCGCUUUGACUGCCAGUUCCUCAUGGCCACCUUUGCGUACGUGUACCUUUCCAGCUUUGUGCACAUUCACCCGCAAGACCCUGCUCGCAUUCUGUCCAGCAUUGCGGCUCUCGACAUUGCAACGCAAGUCGACUUGUUCAACACGCUGAAGCAGCGACUGGCAGCUGCGCGAGCCAUCUAAACCGCGCGUGUGUGUGUGUGUGCACUUUUUCUGUUUUACCAUUUCUAAACCAUUGAACACACACACACA